AUGGAUUCUGCACAUUACACUCUGAAGGCUACUAUAGCUCACUUAUGUCCUUGCUCCAGAGACACCAAUAGUAAUCAUUCUGUAUAUUAUAAUCAGCCAGAAAGUAACCCUACAUUAUGGAGACCUUGGGUACAGGGAGCUGGAGACACAGAGAUGCAAAGAAUUCCAAAUUUGUCAAAAGAAACAGACGGUGAACGUAGCCAGGCUGGGCCAAAGGGUGCGUUUGGAUUUCAGCAUCCUGUAAGGUUGUAUAUGCCAAGGUCCAAAACCAGUGAAUACCUGCAACACACGGGGAAGAAAGUCUUGGCUAACUUUCCAGUUCAAGCAACCAUUCAUUUCUACAAUGAUGACUCUGAAUCUGAAGAGGAGGAAGAAGAUUACUAUGAAACAGAACAUUAUAACCAUUACCAGAAUCCUGUUCCUAAUACGGGGAAAGAGUUUGGAAAUACAACAGAUUUGGAACAUGAACUUUGA